GAUGCAGUCCAUCGCCAUCCAAAACUUGGUGAUCUCGCCUUUGCUGUUGGUGGUGGGCCUUCUCUGGAAGGACUCACCAUGGUGUGUGGGUUCGCUGUGGUGUUUUUUGGAAGAUCCCCGAAGGAGUGACUAUCUCCUGAGCUGUAUGUCCUACUACGUCCUGCUGGUACUCAAUAUUCCAUGCCUUCUUUUCGGUGGAGCUGACGACAUCAUUGACUCGCUGGUGGUGAAUUCGCUUGGCUUUUUCCUGCUGUACGUGCCGGUCCUCUCCAAUGCUUGGGCUCCGACAGCAUGUAUGGCAUUCUACUCAAUCUGCGCGGUCGCCCGCCUUUUUCAUAUCCGCGCCGCCGAACCCAUGACGAGCGUGGUUUUGCAAGGCUUCCAGUGGCAAGCGAUCCUGAUGAUGGUCCUCACGCACGUGGGCCUUCGCAUCAGAGCAAUUCACUUAGGCUUAAGGCGCACCCCCUUGACAGCCAGCUGCCUUCAAGAUCACCGAAGGCUUUGUGACAACGAGGCGGAGUUAGCUUGGCAGCUGAUUCCGAGGCGCAGGAGAAUCACCCUGUUGAAGCCGAACUACACCGUUUGCCGAGGGGAGCACUCUAUGAAGAUCCUCAAAGGCUUGCAGAUGCGCCGCCGCGAGUCCAAGGAGCAAGUGGUGACCCAGGUGCUCUGGUCGCUUCACGUUUUAAGCGCCGGGACACUGAACGAGGGCACUGUGAUGUUGAUCCUGCAGUUUGUGGACCCAACGCUGGCUCCUGCAGACACGUGCUAUGGCUUGCUGACGGAAGAUGGAUUGUCGCAAGUGUCGACGUUGAAAUCUCGGACUGCGAGUCUCGCCACCUCCUCGGCGACCUCGGUCACGAUACUGCAGAGACGAAUGCUGCGAGCCCUGAGCAUACCGCUGCCGAGUUGGAGGUCGACCUUAAAGGAUCAACACCAGCUCCCGCGGGACAUGUAA